AUGGCAUAUCACACUAAUUGUCUGCUGGCGACUGGAUAUUCUCAAGUACCCGACAACAUCGACCCCUCAAAAGUGUGUGUUAUAGUUACCAUUAAGUCUGCUAUUAACGAUGAACUAAGACUUAUUAGGGACGAGCUAAACGAAAUGAAAACAUUGAUUAACUUCAUUAAUAACCAAUAUGAUGACUUUAUUAGGGAACACAAGGAUAAUAUUAAUAUUAUUAAAGAAGUGAAAGAGGAAAAUGUCAAGGCUCAAACGGAAAUUAAGGAAUCGAAAACUCGCAUCAAUGAUCUCGAACAGCGUGCCAGAGAAAAGAACUUGGAUAUCCAAUGCGUUCCAGAACAUAACAAUGAAAACCUACUAGCGAUUAUGAAACAAUUGGGCAGUGUCGUUGGCUCGGAGCUACAUGAUGAUAAAAUUUUAAAUUGUACAAGAGUAGCUAAAGUUAAUCGCCAAAGCCAUCGACCCCGAUCUAUUGUUGUCCAGUUCAGCUCCCCUUAUGCGCGAGACAGUUUCUUGGCCUCAGUAAUCAAAUAUAACAAGAAUCAUUCUAACGAUAAACUGAAUACAACGCAUAUAGGUAUAGGAGGCAUAAAAAAAUCUAUUUACGUGAUGGAACAUUUAUCCCCAGCAAACAAAGCUCUUCAUGCCGCUACAAGAAUCAAGGCAAAAGAAAAGGGCUACAAAUACGUGUGGGUAAGAAACGGCCGCAUUUUUGUCCGAAAAGAUGACAGCUCUGACCUUAAAACAAUUAAGGACAUGGAGUUUCUCAGUUCCUUGAAGUAA